AUGAUUUGUGUAUCAAGUCAAUCUGAUCGGCCCGCUCAAACUAUCCAGGCCCGGCUUGACGAACCUGCACAGCUUAUCCAGGCGCAGCCUGAUAUACCGAGGGUGGAGAGGACGGCGAUAGCAUUAAGCCGUCUUCUCCCUAAUCUCGGAAGGCCAGAGGAAAGUGUUCGUCGGCUAUAUGCGGGCACGGUACACUCCAUGCUACUGUACGGAGCCCCGGUAUGGGCAGAGAAACUGUGCGCCACCAGGAAGCUAAAGGAUUCGGUACACCGAGUCCAGAGAAGGGUGGCGUGCAGGAUAUGCCGGGACUACCGGACAAUAAGCGGAGUAGCGGCGGGGGUGCUCGCGGGAAUACCCCCCGCGGAGCUGCUGACUCGCAUGUACGCGGACAUAUAUAGGCGUACAUGCGAGCUAAAGGAGGAAGGAAAAGUAAUAACCGACCGUGUCCGCAGUGUAGUUAAAGUCCACCACCGGCGGAUCCUAAUUGAGAGAUGGGUUGGCGACCUCCAAAACCCGAGGUCGCCAGGUAGAAGGACCGUCGAGGCUGUCCUGCCCUGCUUCAAGGAAUGGCUCGACAGGGCACAUGGAGGCGUCACUUAUCGUAUGACCCAGGUGCUCAUCGGACAAGGCUGCUUCGGUGAGUACCUGGGUCGAAUUAAGAGGGAAAGGACGACCAAUUGUCACCACUGUGGCCACCAAAGGGAUGACGCCGAGCACACCCUUGAGGGAUGUCCCUCAUGGGGGUGCGAAAGGGCUGAUCUGGUGGCCGCAGUGGGGAGGGACCUCACAAUGCCGACGAUCGUGUCGGCAAUUGUGGGGUCCAAAGAUAGAUGGGCGGCCUUCUCCUUCUUUUGCGAGAGAGUAAUCUCGCAAAAGGAGGAGGCCGAGAGAGAGAGAGAGAGAGCUGGGCGAAAUGCGUGCGCCCAGUCCUCGGAGGAAGAGGAAUCGGAGGGUGGGGGCGUGCCUCCCCUCUUCCCGCCGUCGACAGUUGUACCUGCGAGCGUGGCUGUUUGCGGUGGCGGGGGUCGGGGGAGGGGCGCCCAUCUUAUUCCUGCGUCGACAAUAGACGUAGGAUGA